UGGACGGUGCCCCCUGUCGGAGAAUGUCUAUACUAAAUGUUUCCUCCAUAUAUGACAGACUUCACUCUACUUGCGAUGCAAAGGAAAGUAUACGCACGCAUAAAUAAAUUUCAUGAGGAAGGACGCGAAGACAACUUCAAGAGAUAUAACUUCAACGGUCCAUCUCCGAGAAAUCUCGCGAUCUUCUACUUCCCAAAAGUAAUAUCCUAAAGAAAUUGUAUCCUUAUCCACCCUGUUAUAAUUCUUAUUAACUUCCACCCCCGCGGCGUAUGCGCUUUCGAACGGCAAGCAUCCCCCGGAACAGGGCCGCAUGCGAGCACCGAAUUUUCGCCGGCGACGACGAAAGCGUCAGCGAGAGCCUUGAUCCUCCCGACAUCGCUCGUCAACGUCCUGUCAUUCGUCAAGAGAGUGGCGCCAGAAGCAUUCGCACCACCAGGAAGCUAUAACUCAGGAACGCUCACGAUCUCUCUCUCCUCCGGCUUCCGGACGAAUACGAUUCUCUGGAGUAGGAGGGUGUUCCAGGAGCGCCAGGAUAGCAGGACGCCGUGGUGUGAUUUUCGUUGCAAAUUAUCUAUGUAAAUUAUAUUAAGCCAGGGGCCUCGUCGACCUGGAAGAAUAGGCGAAAGGGCAUCAUACGCGGGACGGAGUUUCUCCUAGACACUUUCUUGUUGUUCCAUCCCUGGGGACUCCAUGUCUGGACGAGGGUGAAUGACCGCAGACCGAUACUUCGAAUAUCCUGAUAACUCGCCUCGUGCGCAGGUUCGAGUCAAACGAGAGGCAUCCUUUCGCUGGAUUAUUCCGUUGGAAAUUACUGCAAUGGCCGAAAGAUAACAGUGGUUCCGAGAUAGGAACGGCAACGCGACAGGAUAACAGAAGGAGAAAAUUACUGUGUCGGCGGGGAGUAACGCCUGCGCACAGAAACCUAUGAUACUUCCUUUAUAUUAUACGGGUAUCCGCCUAAUAAGGAACAUCUUCCACAAUUAGGUGCACGGUCGACUUGGCUUGGUUGCAACUUUUUGCUGCGAUUUUAUCUCAAUUAAGGAGACUGCGACAUUCAGCGUUGAAAAUAAAGAACUCGCAAAAAAAGGAAUGAUGACGUUUGUCAAGGAAAAGAGUUGUCAUAAUAAAAUAUUCGUCAUUAAAAUUCAAUUCGAAAUGAGGAUGAAGAUUUGUCUAAUCAGAGUUUACAACAUUUAUUCAACCUCCUCUUGGCGAAGAUCGCGCGUUAAUUGUCUCCACAUGCCGGAAUAUAUAGAGUCUUUCUCGCGAAAGAAGCCGCGACGAAAAUCGCAUAUUUGCUAUGGAAACGCGUUCAUCGAGCUCGAAAGUGGCCACGGGACCUAGAGUACGGUUCUACGAGGCUCUGAAGAGCCUCCGCAGUUAUAGAAGGCGAACAAACAGGAGCGCCUUUCAAUCGUAAUUGGAACCGCAGGGGCCUGACCAACGUUCGUGUUCAAGCACUCCUUUUCCCAUAACCAUCAUUCUUCGAGAGUGUCUUCACCUCUCUAUAAGGGAAAUACAAUAGCCCGUAUAUGCGGCGACAGAAUAACACAUCGAGUUACGGUCAAUUCUCGUCGCGAAGAGAUGAUUUCUCGCUAACAAAAUCCCAUUUGUACAACACAAACGCGUAGUGAUGCGAAACAGACAGAAGAGGAGCGCCCUGAGAUGAGAUCUCGGAUAUCCCACGAGGGUGGAGCAAACGUCGCAAAUUGCCGAUAACGAUCAGCCAGCGGGAGUUAUGCUCCUCUCGACUCGUAUCGCAUAUAUCUUGAUUGAAUGGUCGUUGCUCUGAGAUCGCUGAUUUCAAUCAUGUCAUCUGAUUCGUGUAUUCUGCCAAGAGAUAUCCGAUAAAGAGAAUACGGCUUUUCUUACACACAAGCUUUACUCAACGACGCGGCGCGCAUCUCGCUGAAUUCAACCCUGGAUAAUUUCUCACGACGCAGCAUCCAAACGUAUACAAGUUUAUGCGGCCGCAUGUCAGUAGGUGCUUAAAAAGGGAUUGCACAAUUUGUAUGCGCAUUGGAUAUAUAUAUAUACAAUAGUUUGGAGUAAUAUAUUAAAAAUAUAAAUACACCCCAGAGAUGUGGUUUCUCUCAGAGAUUUAUUAUGCUUGACUGUUGCCGCGUCAGGCUCCUCUUGGAGUUCCAUAACGAGAAGCCAACAAGAGAAAACCGACGAGACUGAUAACAGCAGUAACUCGGCAAGAUGCACCAUCACCAUCCCUCCGCAUCCCUUAUCCGGAUCCACUUAAAUCGAAACGGGCACCGAGAUACCGAGACUCACAGGUGUAGGAAGAGGGACUGGCUCCAUGGAGUCUUCCGACCAAUGACGACCUCGGGCUUUCGUCUCUUUGCCUCCACGUCCUAGUCUCGGUGAACCAAUAAGAGAGACGCUACUGGUAUUUACAGUGGGGCGAGCAUGGCGCAUUCCACCUCCAAAAUGGCUGCGAAAUCGCGCGGGCAUUAGGCAGCCCGUUCAAAAUAAACGGGCGGAUUAAUUUGAGGGGUGUCGCGGGGAAAAAUACGAAGGGUUACGCGAGCAAGUACACCUUCUCCCCUCUUCCAUGUCGACCGCAUACCAACUUUUGUGCGAGCUGUCCUCUGUGUAUGUCUUCAUCCCCCGCGUGUUUCAUCUCACUGAGAGAACGAUAAGAACGAAGUUCGCGAACGCUUCUGGUCAGCCUCGACGCAGAAGGACGCCGAGCGUCUGCACGGUAGUAUAUGAAAAUCGGGUCUCCUUGUCGCGGUGUCGAUGUAUCUCCUGCAAACUCGUCGCGAUUGAUUGUUGCUUCGUACGUAUAGGUGCAAUCUCGAUUAAGGAUUGUGAGAGUCGUGAGUGCGUUACCUCGCCCAUGGCGAUGAUGCAGGAGCACAAGUCCUUCCUAAUCAGGGAUCUUCUGGGGGACGUGUUGGCCGACCGUGUCCAAGAAGAUUCAGAGGAUGAUUCAGCCGUCCAUUCAGAUUCCGAGGAUACUAUCGAUCCUGGCAGCAGUCCUUGCACGCAUUUAGGAAGUCCGCCAUCGGUACAUUCGCCGUCGCCAGGUCCAGCAAGCACAUCUGCAAAGUCUUGCGGAGUGGCUAAUAAUGCACCACCGACUAAUAGAAAACCACGAAGACGACGAACCGCCUUUACUCAUGCUCAACUGGCUUAUCUUGAGAGGAAAUUUCGUUGUCAGAAAUAUCUCAGCGUAGCGGACCGUAGCGAUGUCGCUGACGCUUUAUCGCUCUCAGAAACACAAGUGAAGACCUGGUAUCAAAACAGAAGGACAAAGUGGAAGCGACAGAAUCAGCUGCGAUUGGAGCAGCUACGUCAUCAGGCCACCGUUGAAAAGGAUCUUUUGGUGCGGAGCAUCGGUCUUCAUCACGGCAGCAUAGAUGCUUAUUGCUCGCCAUAUAACACACAAUCGCAAACCAGCCAUCCGCCGCCACCGCCGCCGCCGCCGCCGGCACCGUCCACCGCCUCCACGACGGCAUUUCUGUCAACGGCAGCCGCACUCUUCCGGAAUGUCACCUACGUCCACGGUUGCCCACUUUAAUCUCCAAGAUCUCCAGAUGAUUUCUGGAUCUGAGAAGCGAGCUUGAAGAAACAAUUCGACAAACUACUUAUCUUGUAUCGUGAGUGUUAAUAAGUUAUAAUUUCAAGUGUUUCAAAAUAUCUUUAAUUAUCUUCGGAGUUAAUUGCUCGUGCAUUAAUUGGAGGUUUGGAUUUUUCAACAAUUUUUACUUUACACAGUAAUUUACACAACAAAAGGUGCUCGCGCGUAUUUCUUUAGGCGAUGUAUUAUAUAGUUUUACGUGUUGUGUUUAAAACUUGUUCUUGUGUAAAAAUUGUCUAAGAUAAGAAUAAGGGGAGGGAGAGAGGGAGUCAAUCGGUUAUAAACAUUUCUGCCCUUGGAAAGUUUUUUGUUUUACGAUCGUUUUCCCUCUUGCACAUGUCAGGCAUAUUAAAUGAUGAUUGAACGUAAAAAUGUAAAUAUGUAAUUAUGAAGUUGAUCGAUAGUCAUAGCCGCUUAUUCUCUUUGCAAAUAAAAAUCAAUAAAACGUUUAAUGUACUAACAUUUUACGAAAGUUUGCAUCUUCUCUUUAAUGAAUGACAGAAUUUCUAUAUAAUCGAUAUCAUUACAAUACUACAGCAACAUAAUAACGUAAUACUUGAUUUGUCACCGUAGAUGCAAUAUAAUAUUGCAUUUAGAAGAUAGAACGAGAAAGAUAGUUAUUUUGUCAAAAAAGAAGCAUCUUUUGCACAACUUCGUCCAUAUAAAUUGGAAUCAGAAGUUUACGUGUUUAAUUGAUAAUUAACGAUUUACGCAGCUUAAUAAGAGAUUUAAUUCGUAGUUACUUUAGUAUUCUAGUCACAAGUGUAAUCUCGACUCUGUAUACAGGUGAAAGUAUAUUGUAAUAUUAUCGAAUGUGUGCAAUGUUGGAGCUUAUAAUGCUAAUUAUCCUUCGUAAUUUAGUUAAUUAUUGUUACUCGCUGUCAAUAAUCUAUCGAUCACUUUUUGCGAAACAGGAAGUUAUUGUAGAUAAAUAAAUUAUUAUCGAAAUCAA